CCCUAUUUAUCAAAUUUAGGUAGAGUAGCCUGAACAAUAUCUUGUUAGAAAUGAAUAGAUUGUGGAGGUUGAUAUAAACUUUCGGAAUUUGCUUUGAUAUCUAUAAAAUGAAAAAAUUGUUUUUGAAACGUAACAUGGGUACCUAACAAAAAUUGUACAAGUUUUUUUCCAUUUUGGGACAUGAAUGAAGAAUUGUUUUGUUUUCAGUUCUCUCUUCUGCUUUAUUUCCUUUUCUGCCCCUUUCUUUUGGUCGGAAAUUUCCUUGUGUGUUUCUCGGGUACCUAAUAAUUGGUAUCAGAGCCGUUCCGACCAUGGCACAUCAUGGAAACCCACCGGCGACGCUGCCUCACUAUCUUCCACUCGUCUAUUUUUCCGAUCCUACACUCCCACCGCCAUGGACUGGCAUGUUCGACGGUAACCUUGGGGUGGUGUACUAUUGGAACCCCCAAACCAACGUUUCUCAGUAUGAACAUCCAGCCUCUUCCAGUUACCCAACCACCCAUCUCAUCAAUUCUCCAAUCCCCCAAUUUUUGAACUCACAUUUGCCGCUGGAUUACACAACCAACUCGCCUCACCGUCUCACAACCUCGACGCCCACCGAUCUUGCUGCACCCUCUAACGUGGGAACCGGCUCCGUUGCACAUCCGCUUCAUACCUCUCUGGAAAUCCCAGACCCGAAUUCAAAGCCCCAGUCGCUGAAAGUGCUUCUGGACUCCGCAACUCACAAACCCAGAUUGUCUAAGCGAGAGAAACGUAGAAAGUUCCUUGCUUUGCGAGAUUCAGAGGCGGUGAGUGGGAGUGGCAGUGGUGGUAAUUUUGAGGAAAACAAGGGCGAGGAAGAUAAGAGGGAAGUUGGGUCAGAGGAUUUGGGGGAUGAGAAGAAGGAGGAGAAGAAAAAGAAGAGGAAGAGAGAUAAGAAGGAAGAAAAUGGAUCUUUGAGUUCAGAGGAAAAUGAGGUUGUGAAGGAGGAGGCUAAGAAGCCCAAGAAAAAGAAUAAGAAGAAGAGAAAGGAGGCAAAGAAUGAGGAAGAGAAGAAGGAUGGUGAGCUUGGGACUGAGGAGCAAAGUGUCAAAGAGACAGAUAACAACAGUGAUAGCCAAGCGAAUGGGGAUGUUCCUACAAAAGUUUUUGUGGGAGGCAUUCCUUAUUACUCGACUGAGGACGAUAUUCAAAGUUACUUUGAAAGCUGUGGCACAAUAACUGAAGUUGAUUGUCUGAGGUUUCCUGAGGGUGGGAAGUUUAGAGGAAUUGCUAUUAUUAGCUUUAAGACAGAAGCUGCCGCUAAACGAGCCUUGGAUCUUGAUGGAGCUGAAAUGGGUGAACUAUUUCUGAAAAUCCAGCCUUACAAGGCAACUCGAGCCAAUAAAGUAUCUGAUUUUGCCCCACAAAUUGUGGAGGGGUACAAUAGAAUCUAUGUUGGAAAUUUGUCAUGGGAUAUUACUGAGGAUGAUCUGAAGAAACUUUUUUCAGAUUGCAAGAUAUCGUCUAUACAUUUUGGCAUGGAUAAGGAAACAGGGGAAUUCCGAGGUUAUGCUCACGUGAAUUUCUCAGAUAGUCUCUCGCUGACGCUGGCAUUGAAGUUAGAUCAGAAGGUUGUAUGUGGAAGACCUGUCAAGAUAAGCUGUGCUGUACCUCUGAAAAGAGCAGGGACCCCUUCAAAUUAUGCACCUACAAAUUCAAGUACCCAUUCAAUAUCAGUAGCCCCAACCACAGGUGCCAAUUCGAUACCAGUAGCUACAACUACAGAUACAGGAGCUGAUAAUACUGAGUCGAGUACUGUCAGUGGUAAGAUAAAGAGGAGGACAUGCUACCGGUGUGGUGAAAAGGGGCAUCUCUUGUCCGCUUGUCCAAUUUCAGCAACUAUGUUUUCAAGUACCCAUUCAAUAUCCAUAGCUACAACAAGAAGUACUCAUUCGAUACCAGUAGCUACAACUACAAGGGCCAAUUCAAUACCAGUAGCUGCAACUACAAGGACCAAUUCGAUACCAGUAGCUACAACAAGUACAGGAGCUGAUAAUGGUGGGUUGAGUGCCGUCAGUGGUAAGAUUAAGAGGAGGACAUGCUACCGGUGUGGUGAAAAGGGACAUCUCUUGUCCGCUUGUCCAAUUUCAGCAACUAUGUUUUCAAGUACCCGUUCAAUAUCCAUAGCUACAAGUACCAAUUCAAUACCAGUAGCUACAACUAUGAGGACCAAUUCGAUACCAGUAGCGACAACUAUGAGGACCAAUUCGAUACCAGUAGCUACAACUACAGGUACAGAAGCUGAUAAUGGUGGGUUGAGUGCCAUCAGUGGUAAGAUUAAGAGAAGGAUGUGCUAUCGGUGUGGUGAAAAGGGACAUCUCUUAUCCGCUUGUCCAAUUUCAGCAAUGUUUUCAAGUACCCAUAGCUACAACUACAAGUACUGAUUGAUACCAGUAGCUUUAACGACAAGUACCAAUUCGAUACCAGUAGCUACAACUACAUGUACAGGAGCUGAUAAUGGUGGGUUGAGUGCCAUCAGUGGUAAGAUUAAGAGAAGGAUGUGAUACGCGUCUGGUGAAAAGGGUCAUAUAUCUUCAGUUUUUCAAAAGAAGCAAUCUGCUGAUAACAAUGCAAGCAUGUACAGUGUCCUACGCUUUCCUGUUAACUAUAUGUUGGAAAAACAUAUUAUCCUUCUCAUCAAACUAUUAUUUGUACGAAUAGGCUGAAAAGCCACAGAUUGCCGCCUAGUUUGAGGCAAAGAUUUAUAGAACUGAGAUGUUUCUUUCUUAUUGAUAAAGAAAAUUUUGAUUCUUGUCUAAA